AUGGCGGGUGGGAACAAGUCCUCAGUGACUGAGCUCAUCCUCCUGGGACUCUUCCCCGAGUUCCGUCACGCCACUGUCCUCAACUCCGUGAUCAUCCUGGUCUACAUCCUUGCCUUCCUGGGCAACGUCCUUCUGAUUGUCCUGAUCUGGGGGGACCCUCGGCUCCACACCCCCAUGUACAUCCUGCUCAGCCAGCUCUCCCUCAUCGACCUGACGCUGACCUCCACCAUUGUCCCGAAGAUGGCCACCGCCUUUUUCACGGGCGACAGAACCAUCUCGUGGAUUGGCUGUGGCACCCAGAGCUUCUUCUUCCUGACGCUGGGAAUGUCGGAGUGCCUCAUCUUGACGCUCAUGGCCUACGACCGCUACUUGGCUGUCUGCAGCCCCCUGCGCUACUCCGCCAUCAUGAGCCCCAGGUCCUGCCUGCGCAUGGCGGCCGGGUGCUGGGCGGGGGGCUCGGUCAGCUCCUUCAUCCACACCGUGUACCCGAUGCACUUCCCCGUCUGCGGGUCUCGGCAGAUCCAGCACUUCUUCUGCGAGGUCCCGGUGCUCAUCAAGCUCUCCUGCGAGGACACGUCUGUGUACCAGCUGGUGGUGGUGGUCACGAGCGCCGUGGCACGCCCUGCACUGCUGCUCGUCCUGCCCUUCGGGCUCGUCACGGCGUCCUACACGCUCGUCUUCCUGGCCGUGCUCCGCAUGCGCUCCGGCAAGGGCAGGAAGAAGGUGCUGGCCACGUGCUGCUCCCACCUGGCCGUGGUGAGCCUCUUCUUCGGCCCGAACAUCUUCAUCUACAUGACGUUCACGUCGUCCCACAGCGCCGAGCAGGACCAGGCGCUCUCUGUCUUCAGCAACAUCCUCACCCCCACGCUCAACCCCCUCAUCUACAGCCUGAGGAACAAGGAGGUGCUGGCCGCUCUCCGGAAGCUGGCGCGCAGACACGCAGGCCCGUCGGGGGGACGAGGCUGA